GGCCUACCACUUUCGGCCGCCAAAUAAGAACGAUAUGCAUCAAGUCGUUGCCAAAUCAAAUCCGUAAUGGAGAAAUGCCUCAGGAAGGAUCAGGACUGCUUUUCAGCCACACACAUAAUAUUGGAUAAUGCCGUGAAUAACAUUUUAACAACUUUCUGAGGGUGACACCCCCCGGUAUUAUUAAGGAGAUAUGCCCGUGCCGUGCCCCCUCUGUGUGGACAGCACGCAUCUGAAAUGCAAAUGGAAUUGGUUAAUUAUUAGCCUCAUAUUUGAUAAGUUAAUAGGGGAGGCAACAAUGGGCAUAUGUGCUUAGCCUGAACGCGAGGUAGGCAAGCUGACAUUAUGUUGCAGGGCUAAGCUAAUAAUAUUCUAGGUUCUUCACCAGCCUGGCGUGAACAGAACAUAUAUUUGAUGGAACUACUACUAUUGCGUCAUCAUUCAUUAUGACAUCACAUGUAUAGUCUAUAAAUCCGAGUUGACAAGCCGUUCCAUACUAAUGCAAGGACAGCGACAGAGUAUAGAUAUAGAGAUUAUAUUUUUUGCCUAACAAAUGGAGACGGAGACGCUUAAGUUACUGUUAAUGGACAUGGAGGAGAAGUCCAGGGACAGACUUCAGAUCCUGAAAACAAAAUGUCAAGAGCUUGUUGAAGAAGCAGAGAGUUGGGAGGAGGAGAGACAGCAGUUUAAGGCCCAACUCGAAGAUGGGAAGAGAGAGAUGGAGGCUGCCAGGGCCACAAUUGAGGCCCUCAGGAAGGAGCUGGAGGAGCAGAGGAAAGCAGAGAAGUCAAGAAUAAAGGAGGCUGUGGACUGUGCCGUGGCCGAGGCCUUGGCCACCAAUAUUUCCAAACAGAAGCUCAUUGCACAGAUAAAGGCAGAGCCCAGGGGGAUGGCCAAGCUGCCUGCAAGUAAUGGUGAACUGAAAGAGGUCAAGGAGUUCAUCUGCGGUGACCUUCAGAAUCAAAGCCAGAAAAUCCAGGCAUUGGUAGAUCAAAAGAAUGCAGCUGUGGACAGAGUCAGGCAGAAGAACAUGAAGAAGGUGGACAAGAUUAGGAAUGGAGCGAAGGAGAAGGAGGCAAAGUUAGCUGAAGCCGAGCUGAAAGAGAUCGCAAAGCUUGAGGAGAAGUACAGAAAGCAAAUUGAAAAGGUUCAGAAAGCCGAGGCGAAAGACGAUGAGAAAAGACAGCGCAAAGAAAAAAGAGAGAGAGAGCAGAUGGAGAGGAAGGAGAAGAAGGCCAGAGAGCAGGAGAUGGCAGAAGAGGAAGAGCAGCGUGAGGAAGAAGAGGCAGAGAGGCCGACAGGCUGGAGGAGAUUCCUCUGCUUCUGAGACCACUUUGCAGCAGCCAGGGACGCUCACAGCUUUGGCCGGGGCCAGGACAAAAACAUCUGAGAGGACCACACCUCCCAAUGCAUACAAUGUAAUGAGGACCAAAGUAUGGGCUCCCCCUUCUCCCUGGGCACGGGACGGUCUCAUCUGUACCCCCACCGGCUUCCCUGGCAGCAACAACAUUUGACAUGACUUAAAGGAGAAUUGCGCCCAAUUUCAACAUGCGGUUUGUAUUACUCACUCUACCCCUGACUUGUCAGUACCCAACAAUGCAGAUUUUGUUUUGUUCAUCCCAUUCCAAGAUCCUGGACCAUUCGAAUGGGGGCAUGGUUUGUUUACAGAGUGCGUUUAUGUGCAGUUCUCAUCCAAGGCAUGAUCAAAUUCGGGAUAAGGUGUUUAUGAAAUACAGAGUGUUAUAUCCCGGUCUAUAUUCUGGGCAGUUAAAUUUCUCUUCAAAUGCUUGUAAUCUGGAAAGCAGCAACAACAUUCUAGAGGAGGCCUUGGUGUCCAGGAUAAGGUGAUUCCACACAUCAACAUCCCGGAGUACUCCCAUAGCAUAUCCUGAUUUCUCAAAAUCCUGAAUAAGGGCUUUUACAGGGAAACUCAGGAAAAGUUUUGAUAAAGUGUUUGUGUUCAAACACAAAUGCGGCAUACUUUAAUAUCAUACUUGGGAUACAGAACUGCAUGUACUCAUUACAAGAAAAUACAAAACAAAACAAAAAACAAAAAAAAAUCUUAACAUAGCCUACUCCAAAUGAAAUCACUAAAUGUAUUGCUGUGUAGCAAUGGGUCUGUUGAUGUUGCAUAGCUUUUGGGAUGAUAUUUGGAGUGUUGAGAUAUUUUUAAAAUAAAAUUAUUGCAAACCAAACCCCCAUUAGAAUGGCCAGGAUCUCUGAAAGGGCUGAACCUGAAAAAUUCCACGUCGGCAGGUACUGCCAAGUCAAGGGCAGCAUGAGCAACACAACUGCAUGUUGAAAUUGGACGGGAUUCCCUUUAACCCCCCCAUAUCUAUUUCUGAUUAAAAUACACCCCUACCCCUAUACUCGUCCUCUGUUUUGUUA